ACCCUUAACGAAGAGCAUGGAGGUCACACAGCUUGCCUAAUGUGGCCAGGCUGUGACAAGACCUAUCGUGGAAGGAAUGUCACCUACUGGACACCCUACCGCGAGGAUGCAACCUUCAGGGAGAGCAUUGACAAGGCAGUGGAGUGGAUGACAGAUGCAACAACGCCAGCCAACCUCGUGUUCCUUUACGUGCAGGAGCCUGAUACUGUUGGCCAUGCUUACGGGCCGAACUCUUCUUAUGUUGUGGAAGAGUUGAAAAAGAUUGACGAGAACAUCGGAUACCUCUACAAGAUGCUGACCAUCUUCAACUUGCUGGACACGACCGACGUCAUAGUGCUGAGUGACCACGGCAUGGUGGCCGUACUCGAGGAGAACAUCAUAGAUCUGGACCAGAUUGUCGACCCAAAGCUGUAUCACACCAGUGGAGGGUCACCGGUUAUGCACAUUUGGCCCUAUGGGGACCUUCUUGAUCUCUACAUCAAAUUCGACAACGGAGCCAAGACCCACAAGUACACUGUGUACCAGAAGAAGAACUUUCCCUCCGGGUGGCACUACACCAACAACUCUCGCAUCAGUCGCCUCGUUCUGGUUGCCGAUGUGGGAUACGUCUUUCAGGAUUGGAAGGGCUCCAUCGAGAACUAUAAAAAGAAGGGUCUGCCUGGAUUGACGAACACAUUUGGUGACCACGGCUACCCGACAAAUACCUCGGAGAUGGAGCCUAUAUUUGUCGCUGCUGGUCCGUCUUUCAAGAGGGGCUUCAAGGCACCUUCCUUUAGUAAUGUUGACGUGUACCCUCUGUUGUGCCACUUGUUGUCCCUCCCACCUGGACCCAACAAUGGUACUCUCAAAGACAUUGGCACCGUGCUGUCACACCCAGCUGUGGCCGAGCUUGCCAAACCUCUCCUCAUAGCUUUAGGUUGCUUAGUGAUUUUGGUUGGGCUAAUUGGCAUCCUGGCCUGUGUACUGUCGAGAAGGGAUCGGAGAGCUGUGUCAGCUGAUUCGUUGAUUAAUGGAUACGUACACAGGAGAGUGAUGCGUUCUGAGUCCAGCAAGUUAGCAGACGAUGAUGCAAGUGAGGAGGAGUGCCUGUUGGAAAGUGAAGUCGUCACUGUGGAACUAUAAGGGAGGAUUGCCUGGGAGGGUCUCGUGGAAGACUCUUGUCUGCUUAAGGAGAUCUUUUACUGUUGUGACCGAAUUAUUGUUGUGAGAGUUGUAAUUUUUUUUUUUUUUCUAAGGCUUUUGAUUGCUGAGGUGGUAUUUCUGAAUGGAAAGAAUUGUGCUGUAAUUGCAUGUUAUUUAUAGCCAUGUUUUAACCCUCUGAUGCCAGUUGAUAGAUUUCUUUGAUUUUUUAAACAUUUUUUUACAUAUAUCAUCUGUUUAUGAGGUAGAUAUCCUAUCCACAGCGAAAAAAGAUUCAAUUAAUGCUCAUUUAGCAAUUUCCGUGGCGGUUAGUUGUAUUGGUGGCCACUUGCUGUCAAAAAGUUAAAGGAUGAUACUUUCUUUGAUUAUCUAUUUAUUCAUCAUUAUUUUUCACUUGUGUAUUUGCCAGUUUUUGAUACAUGGCUGGUUUUGACACUUUGUUAUUUGGUAAUGAGUUUAAGACUUUCUGUUCUGGAAUUGUAAUUUAAAAUUUCAGCACAUUCUGUGAUGUAAAUAUUGUUCCUGAUAAUGUGAAGUGCUAUUUCUAUGUGCCUUAAUAUAUCAAUGCAUGGUGCACUGAAUGGAAGAUAUUUAUUGUUAAUUUAUGUAGCACAGGAAUUGAAUUUAUUAGUUUAUAUAUCAGAUGGAUUACACUUGCAACUUAUGAGAUUUUAGAGAACUUAAAUGGAUUCUAUGUUGCAUUUGUAGAACACCAGUUGUUUGCAUGUUGGAGUGUUACAGCUUGAAGACAAUGAAGAGGAUCAGGAAAUGCACAAGAGUAAUAACAAAGUAGAGUUAAUAUUCAUGACUUAUUACUUUUUGAGGUGGUCCGAGAUUCCUUCAAAGAAGAUUAGUUUUGCCAUAUGCUUUUGGUAACUUGUUUUUAUAUAUCAGUAUUUUCUAUUUGUAGAACCCAACUAG